GCACCCGCAUUGCACAACCACGACGUCCACCCCGCCGACGGAACGCCCCCUAUUAGAGACCGCCACAGCCUCAUAUACAUCUCCAUUGAAUUCUGGCGGAGUGGACCAUGCUACGAGGUGGUCUAUCGAUCGGUUCCCGGUUUACAUUCCGGCAUGGUCCUCCUGUUGGACUCCUUACCCGACGAAGCUAUGCUACUGCUAUUACCGAUCUUCGCCAAUUACCUCAACCCGGUGACAGACUCAAUGGAUUUACGGUUCGGAGGGCAAAGAACGUUCCCGAGCUGGAAUUAUCGGCGAUCCAGCUUGCCCAUGACAGGACUGGUGCUGAUUAUAUUCAUGUUGCGAGGGAGGAUAAGAACAAUGUUUUCGCCAUCGGGUUCAAGACAAACCCGGAUGAUGAUACCGGUGUGCCUCAUAUCCUGGAGCAUACAACUUUGUGCGGAUCUAGUAAGUAUGUUUAACUGCCCCCUGAUGAGGCGUGUGCAAUGGCUAAUUCGGCUGCUCUAAGAUAUCCCGUUCGUGAUCCGUUUUUUAAAAUGUUGAACCGAAGUUUGUCGUAAGUGCUUCGUACCGCUAUAGACUAAGUCGAAUUUAUGCUGAUGAUCUUUAGGAACUAUAUGAAUGCUUUCACCUCUAGCGACCAUACUACCUAUCCGUUUGCCACUACAAAUGCUGUCGAUUAUGAGAACCUGAGAGAUGUUUAUCUUGAUGCAACACUCCACCCUUUGCUCAAGGAGACCGAUUUCAGACAAGAGGGCUGGCGGGUUGGGCCAGGAGAUGCCACAGAUCCUAAAUCACCUCUCCUCUUCAAAGGGGUUGUCUAUAAUGAAAUGAAGGGGCAGAUGUCUGACGCUUCGUAUCUCUUUUACAUAAGAUUUCAGGAUCAUAUCUUCCCAAGUAUCAACAACAGUGGAGGGGAUCCUGAAAAGAUAACGGACUUGACACUAGAGAAUUUGAGGGCGUUCCACAAGAAGCACUAUCAUCCUUCAAACUCAAAGAUCUUCACGUAUGGGGAUAUUCCCAUCGAGACUCACCUCAAGAGGCUUGGCGACAGGUUAGGUGCUUUUGAAGGGACGAGAGCUGAGCAAGAGCUUCGCGAACCAAUAAAACUCGAUGCGCCGCAAAGAAUACGGGUCCAUGGGCCGCAUGACCCGCUCAUGGAUAAGGACUCCCAGCACAAGAUCUCCGUAUCUUGGAUCAUGAAUAAUACUUCUGAUAUUGUCGAGACCUUUUCGUUGAGGGUUUUAUCCAAUCUUCUGCUUGAUGGAUAUGGCUCGCCAAUGUAUCGAGGCCUCAUUGAAGCCAAACUUGGAUCGGACUUUUCACCUAAUACGGGAUAUGACACCAGUUCCAAGACUGGUAUAUUUUCGGUUGGGCUGCAGAAUGUUCGGCAAGAACAUGUUCAACAAGUGGAAGAUACGAUCCGUCAAGUCCUACAGGAGAUGCGUGCUAAGGGAUUUGACUCCAGAAAGGUUGAUGGGGUAUUGCAUCAACUAGAGUUGGGAUUGAAACACGUAAGUUCACUCAAUACGGAUGCUCUUAUCAUUAUAUACAUUGAUGGUUUCAAUCUUAUAGAAAACCGCCAACUUCGGGAUGUCAGUCAUGCAAAGCCUUACAUCUGGCUGGUUCAAUGGUGUAGAUCCGUUCGAGGCCCUGUCGGUUGAAGAAACAGUUUCAAAGUUUAAGGAAUUAUAUGCCAAGGGUGGGUAUCUUGAGGGGCUGCUUGAGAAAUAUUUUCUUACCAAGAAUACUCUCACCUUUACCAUGGCCCCCGAUCGAGAUCAUUCGAGGGCCCUUGCAGCAGAAGAAGCGGCCCGGCUAACCAGAGUGACCGCGAAACUUGGCGGCGAGGCGGUGGCUCGGGAGUCCCUGACGAGGCAGGAAGCAGAAUUAGCGGAGAUUCAAGAGCGGGCCAAGAAGCAAGAUGUGAGCUGUUUGCCAACGCUGAAGGUGGGAGAUAUACCGAGGAACAUGGAAAAGAAGGAACUGAAAACUGGGGAGGUUGAGGGUGUCCCAGUUCAGUGGAGGAUUGCUCCUACAAAUGGUCUCACUUAUUUUCGAGGUAGAUUCUUUUACUAGAGAAGCCCCCGUGAAACUAUUGGGCCUUUUCUAAUGGGGAAGUAGCGAUUAGUAGUUUCAAGGACCUCCCAGAGGAGUUGAGAGUGUAUUUGCCAUUAUUCACAGAGGCAAUUCUCAGACUUGGCACUGGAAAGCGUUCGAUGGAGGAGCUGGAGGAUGAGAUUAAGCUCAAGACAGGUGGUAUAAGGGCGUCGACUCAUGUCUCGACUAAUCAUUCGAAUCUCGAAGUAACGGAAGAAGGGCUUGUCUUCUCGGGUUUCGCGCUGGACGACAAUAUACCGGAUAUGUUUGAACUUUUGCGGACGGUCCUGCUGGAGACAAAUUUCGGCCAAGUGUCCAAACUACGAACUUUGGUUCACGGAAUUGCCAGUGGUUUUGUGAAUAGCCUUGCGGAGACUGGACAUGCAUACGCUAGGACGUUCGCUGCUGCUCAUCUGACACCAGGUGCUGUAUGUUUAAACCCCGCUUUCUUUUCUAACUUACGCUCACAGCGAUUUAGAGAGCCAAUGAAGUUCUCGGAGGAAUGACACAGGUGAGGUUAAUCAGUAAUAUGGCUGCCACCGAGGUUUACAAUGAGGCUCUAGCGAGAUUAAAGGUUUGUACUGGGUCCUGGGUUUAUGUUUCGAUGGCCAUUGAUAAGCAAUCUAGGAGAUCGCCCGGUUCGCAGCGCGAAGGGACCAGCUUAGGGCCGCCAUAACCUGCAGUGUUGGCGCCGCCUCGGCGAACGAGUCCGCUCUUGCGAAGUUCCUUGCGAGUCUCCCAAGGGCAGAGUCACCUGUCGCGAAUACACCGCUCUUUGAUUUUGUGGCACCAGCCAAGGCCUUCUUCCCGUUACCAUACCAGGUGUCUUACACCGCGAUGUGCGUGAAGACGGUUCCUUAUACCAACAAAGAUGGGGCGGCGUUGCAAAUUCUAGCUCAGCUCUUGACACACAAACAUCUCCAUCAUGAGAUUAGGGAGAAAGGAGGAGCAUACGGUGCUGGCGCGUUCCACCGGGGUGCUGGCGGUAUAUUUGGAUUUUAUUCUUAUCGAGAUCCAAAUGUGCCCAAUACACUCAAGGUUACGGAGGAUGCCGGAGAGUUCGCGCUGAGGAACGAGUGGGCUGCAAAAGACUUGGAAGAAGCUAAGUUGAGCGUUUUCCAAGGUGUUGAUGCUCCAACGUCUGUGAGUGACGAAGGGAUGAUCAACUUCAUGGACGGAAUUACAGAUGAUAUGAGACAAACGUUUGUCUCCAUGCUCUAGCUUCCUUAGCUCCACUCUAUCCUUAAUACUGACAUGUGUAUGUAUAGGCGACGAGAGCAACUCCUUGAUGUUGGAGUGAGCGAUAUCCGCGACGUUGCACAACGAUAUCUUAUUGACCAAGUACGGAGGAUGUCUGCGGUUGCAGUAUUGGGCGAGAGGAAAGACUGGGCGACACCAGAAGAGGGUUGGGAUGUAUUCCCCCUAAACAUCGAGCCUGAUGAGCCGGAAAAGGUCAAGCUAUAAGGGGUGGUAGUAGCCGGUGGGUAUAGUUGUAAAAUGUACACUACUAAUUCUUGUACACACUUUGCAUACAUUUUCCACUUUAGCGGACAUAAUCUCCUCUCACUUAGAUGUCUUCCUGUUUUUGUUUUCAUAACGUGGAACUCUGCGCGAGCCUAACAGAUCGUCUUCAACGUCAAGUCUAUAUGUUGAAGAUCACUGGUUCUGGCGCAAGAUAGAGACCGAAACGGGACCUCCAAUUUCAGAUCCAUGCUUGAAAGAAAUUGUGUAUAGGACUAAGCUUGCACGAGGACAGCUAUUUUUCUACUGGGGGAGGGGCUUCUCAUCGAUUAUGGAUGUACAGUAUAUCCGGGAUUUAACAAGAACGGUCCAUUGGCAGAAUUUCAGAGCUGACUAUCUUUUUCU